CACACACACGCUGCAGGAGCAUGGAGCCAUGGCCGCCGAGCUGCUGGACUAGACAUGUAGUUUAAGGAUGCCAGCCAGCUUCUUGUCUCGUUUGCUGCUGUCCGUGUGGAUCUGCGCGGUGCGGGAGGCGCUGGCCAAAUCUCUGCCGGAUCAGGGAGCCUCCGAGGUGCAGAUUAAGGUCCAGGUGUUCGACAACAGCGACCUUUCGCCGCUGGCCGGCGCUCAGGUGGUCGUCCACGGCAACCAAAGCCUGCUGGCGUCCAGCACGGCGGGCAGCGAUGGCGUCCUGAGGGUCAGCUUCCCGUACCGCACGGGAUCAUGGGUAAUCAUCACAGCCUCCAAACAGGACUACGUCACCAACUCGGUGCCCUGGCACUCCAGCCGCAUCCCCCUGUACGCCUCAGUGAGCCUGUACCUGCUGGUCCAGAGACCUGGGACUCUCAUCCUGUACGAUGACGUGCUGCAGGUGCUCUCCGGCUCUCCAGGAGGUCGUAACCAGCCGCUGGUGCAGCUGCAGAGGAAGUCGCUGCAGCUGCCGUCCAACUCCAACUACACGGCGCUGUCGGCGGCGCUGACCACGGCCAGGACGCAGUACGAGAUCGGAGGGUUCCCGUUUCUGCUCGGACAAGAGACCAACAGCUCAGGUGCAGAGACGGGGUGGACGGACCUGACGGCUCUGGCCGUGGUCAGCAUCCAGUUGUUUGAUAAAGACGGCAGCUCCAUCCAGGUCUCUGAUCCGAUCCACGUCUCAGUUCCGCUGCCGUCUGACACCAGAAACAGGAUGCCCACCAGCGUCCCCGCCUGGCUCUACCAGCCCAAGACUGGCCUGUGGGUCAGGAACGGGACAGGCUACAUCAAGAAGGACGGCUCUCAGUUCGUGUGGAACGUGGUGGUUCCUCAGAUGGGAUACUGGUUGGCUGCCUUCCCUUCUUCUGCAGGACUGGGUCUGUCCCAUCCAGGCCUGAGGGACAUCACCACCUACCACACCCUGUUCCUGCUGUCCAUCCUGGGCUCUCUGGCCCUGCUGGUGCUCAUCCUGCUCUGUGUGCUGCUCUACUACUGCAGGUGUGGGGAGCGUAGGCGCAGACGGAAAUGUUUGAAACCUCGCCGCCAGCAGGGGAAACCCCACGCCGUGAAUCUGAACGGUGCCAAGAGAGACCAGGGCACGUCCACAUCCCGCCUGAACCUGAUCUGUGGAGGCCACGCCGAGUCCGACCCCUCCAACGACAAGUCUGAAAUGUCUCCGUCCCGAGACUACCAGAGCUCCCGGGAGGACCUGACCAAACACGUCCCGGCUCACAUGCUGCGACACGCCAAGGGAAAGAACGCGUCCGGCCCCCAGCGCGGCGAGAGCUUCCCCAUGAAGGUGACCCGAGCCACCGAGACCAACAACCUGGACAACCCGCUGCUGCACGAAGACUACAACCGCAGCUACAGCCCCAUGGAGGGCAAGGAGUCAGAGUACCACCGCCACCACAACGCCAACGACAACCGAGGGUACUCCUCCGACCCGCCGUCCCCGCCGCGCUUCCAGGGCUACGUGCCGAGCCAGUCCGACAAACCACCCGAGUACUCGGCCACGGCGGCGGACAGCCUCGCCCGGCCCACGUCCCUCAACACCCAACCGGGCCAGAUCAUCUUCUGCAGCUCCAUCGACCAGAUGAAGGAGAACAUGUACCGCAGCAUGGUGCCCACCCUCGUCAUCCCGGCGCACUACAUGCGUCUUCCCUCCGAGUUCUCCAAGGACGGCAAAGACGGGAAGGACCAGGACAAAGAUGGCGCUCAGAUGGGCGGCGGCCAGCAGCACCAUCACCACCACAUGAAACAAGGCCAGCAGCAGCAGGGCGGCUCCCAGGGCGACGACUCCGAGGACCCCAGCUGGGCGUCCGACUCGUCCGGCGGCCCCGUGACCAUCCCGGUGCUCUUCAACGACUCCACCAUGGCGCAGAUGAAUGGCGAGCUGCAGGCGCUGACGGAGAAGAAGCUGCUGGAGCUCGGCGUGAAGCAGCACCCGCGAGCGUGGUUCAUCUCCCUGGACGGACGGAAUAACGCCCAUGUUCGCCACUCCUACAUCGAUGCUGGGAACGACCUCAGUGGUGGCGGUGGAGGCGGGAUCGGCGGGUUCUUAAGUGGCCCCGGCAAUGCGUCCCGAGACAUCAACCUUGAGCCGCCGCUGGAAUCCCAAGAGCGCAAAUCAAUGAUGAACCGGAAGGGCAAAGACGAGCGCUGGGGGACGGGAGGGCGGAAGGGCCACGGCGUGAGCAGCAGCGGCGGGAAGUGCUACUCCAAGCUGGCGUACCCGGACCACAGCGAACCCAGCAGCAGCGAGGGCCGCCCCGUCUCGCCCGAGGAGAACUCCCUCACCCCGCUGCUGGACGAAGGCCCGUCGUCCCGAGGAUCCACCAUCCCGCGGAGAGGCCGCAGCCGCGUGAACAGCAGCCGCAGCAGCAACAGCGAGAACCGGCGCGACUCCAUGACGAGCCCCGAGGACGACCCCGACGACAAGGACGAGAACAAGAAGAGCCCCUGGCAGAAGAUCGAGGACCGGCCGCUCAUGGUCUUCCACCCCAGGAAGUAAACUGACUUUGAAUCAUUUAAAAGAAAAAGGCGGGAAUCUUUCCACACCAGUAGAAGCGAGAUGUUUUCACCGAGAGAGAUCACAAUAAGCACAACCACGCUCCACCGGCUCGUCGUGUCGUUCGAGGUGCUCCGGUUCCUCUCGUCGUCUCACUGUCGCUUUAACCUCCCGAGAUGAUCUGUCAUGUGCUGAAACGUAUCCAGUUUAUCGUGAAUUCUGUCACCUACCACGCCACUGAACCAUCGUCUGAGCCAUGUAUACACUGACUGUGGAAAUAGCCAUUUUAUAGAGCAAAAUAUAAGAAUAAAGCACUUACUAAUGAUUGGAUAAUUGAGGUUUUUAUGGGACUGAUGAGUUAGAUUUCCUCUCUGGACUUGAAAGGCACAGAUGAGCUCUGUUUGUUUCUCCCUGCUCCUAAACUCUCACCAGAAUAAGUUUUCUUUACAGGAAACAGCUUCCCAGAGCGUGAACGUGUCGGGAACUUAUCAGUUGUGCUGAUUUUUCUCUAAAAGUUUCCUGAGCCCCUGUGACGGAUUAAUGCGAUCUCUAGAGUCCAGCGUGCGACUUGCAUUUUGCUCCUUCAGGGAUGAACUUGAUUUCCUCUCUCUCUCCUGUGCUGUGUUCAUGUGUUCAAACUACUUAUUCAGAAAUGUUGAGCUUCAUAUUAACGUCAUCCUUCUCUGUCGUUGAGUUAUUGCCAAAAUCUGGACUUUAAACACAUUCUCACUCCAAACUGGUCAGAUACAAACCAUUUGUCAGCGUAAGAUAUGAAGAAUUCUUCAGGGUCGGUCUCUUGUUACAGGCACAGUGGCUUUUCAAAAUAAACUUGUGUAUUCAAAGUAAACAUACAGUUAGAAGGGUUCCCACAAUCGUAAAAAAGGUGGAAAAAAUCAUGAAAUUUCAAAUCUAAUCUCAAAUUUAAUCCUUGAAAGUUUUGGAAAAGUUGUUGAAUUUAUUUGUAAAUAACUUAACGUAUCUAUAAUAUGCGUUGAUGUGUAACAAUGUUUACGUUUACCAUUUCAAUUUUUUUCUCACGUUCUGUCUCAGCCUCCUUUCUCAGUCGAUAAAGAUGCAUUAAACAUAAAUGUUUGUGAUGCUUCAAAAAGAUGUUGAGAAAAAAAACAUUAAUAGCAUAAAUACUUACUUUACUGCAUUGUUUUGCAGACUUGUUUCAAUAUGAGUAUAUGAGAAAUUUUGUCUAUUUAUGGACCAAAAGUACUUGGUUAUUGUUUAGAAAUAACUUCAGGGUUCGGGUUGAAUACCUGCUUCCAUACUACUGGAAGCAGUCAUGUAGGUGACGUAGAACAUGAUGUAAAAUUACUUCUGCACACUUUAAACGGACUUUUGUGCUCUUUAUACUACAAAAGUUGUUCCAAACGUCUAAUAAUGACUCGGAUGGGUUUAUAUUAGGUGUGUUUCCAUCCAACUCUUUUUAUGCCAUUUUAAAUUUGUGCAUAAAGAAACCUGUGUGGAAAAGCUGUGAUUUCAAUCAAAGUUUUUAAAUAUUGCAGAAAAGUUUUGACACUUUGCCAUGGUGGAAUAGUUUGUGCACUGAUUAAGGAAAGUCUCCAGCCGGUUGUGCUCGUAGGCAAUUUUUUAUCUCACAUUUCCUUCCAGUUGUCACCAUUUGAAGUUCAACUGGCGCUCUUUUAAUCAUGUCAUCUUGUUGUGCCCUCUUCUUCUUUAAUGGUAUGAUGGUUUCCAAGGUUUUCUGACUGGAUAAACUAACCUAAACAAGCAUUCAUUCCGUCAAUAUUCUUGAAAUUCUAAUCAAAUUUGAGCUACAUUUGGCUGUAAACCUGGCUGCUGGAGUUAAUGUGAAGCCCCAGAUGCUGGAGGCUUCCUUGUGUCUUACCUUAAACGGACUUUUGUGCUCUUUAUAUUACAUCAGUUGCUCCAAAUGUCUAAUAAUGACUGUUGGGUUUACAUUAGGUGUUUCCAUCCGACUGUUUAAUGCACAUUUUAUAUUUGUGCAUAAAGAAACGUGUGGAAAUGCUGUAAUUUCAAUCAAAGUUUUUAAAUAUUGCAGAAAACUUUUGACACUUUGCUGUGAUGGAAGAGUUUAUGCAUUGAUUAAGACAAUAUGUGACAAAAUGCAAUGAAAACAGAUUUAGCUAAUAACUGAUGAUGUGCAUCAGGCUCUUACAUUAGUCUCCAGCCGGUUGUGCUCGCAGGCUAAUUAUUGUGUCAUAUUUCCUUCCAGCUUCCAGUAUUUGAGGUUCGACGGGCGCUUUUUUAAUUAUGUCAUCUUGUUGCGCCUCUUCUUCUGAUAUAGUGUGUUGGUUUCCAAGGUUUUCUGCUUGGAGAAUUGAACUACGAACUAAAACAAGAACAUUUUCUUGAAAUUCUUAUCAAAUUUGAGCUACAUUUGGCUGUUAACCUGGCAGCUGAAAUUAAUGUAAAGCCCCGGACACUAUAGGCUUCCUUGUGCUCUUGUAUCUGACAAUGAGUUUCCCUGCCGAAGUGUCUGUAUCUGACAGGUUCGGAGUGAGAACGUGUCAGGACUUUCUGCCUUUCUCUCCUGUUGUUUAUCGGUCGACAGAGACUUCUUUGCGAUUUCUGCUGUGUAAAUAGAUUCCCAGACAUUUGAAAGAAAGGUUGCAUGCAUAUGAAUGUAUGAAAUAAACCGAAGGCACCUAAAGCCCCCCACAGCUCUCCGGGUUCCUGCAGACAACUCCCACCCCACCCCCAAUCGCCAAGAAACAGCGAGUCUAAACAGCAAAAGCACCACUUUACUUGAAGACUUGCCUGUUUAAUAUUCUACUGAGACCUACAGGGGUUGUUUCCCGACAGGGCCUGUACCACUUCUCUCCUGUAAGUGCCUUCUUUCCCAGAGGAUCGGGUGAUAGGCAUGCAGGUCACUAACGAAGCACACUGCACUGUGGUGGGAACACGUCACUCUGGGGAGCAUGCCUGCCAAAACUGACAACUUUUAUUGCGGCUGUUGAGUCCUUUAAUAUCUUAAUUUCUUGUAUCUAUCCUCUUUUUCACCAAACUUGUAAAUGGUACGAUGAACUAUAUGAGAUUUUAUGUGUAUACAAUGUGCAUGUAACCUGUAGAAUAGGGUGUUUUUAAAUGAAAAGGUUUUUCUAAAUUGAUCCAGGAUGUUUGGCACAAAAAUGUGACGCACUGAUGCAUUGAAUCGUGUUGCCAAAAUGAACUCGGUUAUUAUGAAGGACGGAGGCUUCCAGAAUCAUAAAUAAAUAAAUGAUUCAAUUAAAUAAUUUAAUUCCAUUAAAAUUUACCAAAAUAAUAUAAAAAAUAAAUGUAGCCAUUCAUUAUAAAUAAUUUAAAAAAAAUCAAAAGUGACACAAAUUAAUAAUUAAAUGUAAUUAAUAUUUCAGUUUAAUUUAUUUCUUCUUGUAUUGAUCAGUAAAUAUAUGUAUUUAUUUAUUUUAAUUUUUAAUUUUGGUAUUUAUGUGUUAGUUUGAAUAAUUAUUUUCCCGUCAUUUAUUAAAUAAAUAUAAAUAAAUAAAAUACAAAAAUAAAAUAGUAUUAAUAAAUAAAUAAAUAAAUAAAUAAAAGGGAUUUUUUAAAUUAAUUAAGUUAACUACAAAUAAAUAAAAUUAAAAAAAUAAUAUUCUUUUUAAGCUAUAUGGCUUACUGGCUUAUUUAAAGAGCUUUUUUAAAUUCAUAUUUAUCUAUAUUCUGGCAGCUCCCGUCGUCCACAGGUUACAUGAAGAAACACUGAACUUUUCUCUUAACCCAGUUCUAACAAAAUUCACUUCCGGUCGUAAAUGUUUACAGAGAACAUACUGACCAACACGCAUCUCCAACACGCAUCACCAUCAGGCAUCAGCAACACGCAUAACAAACACGCAUCACCAACACGCAUCACCAACAGACGUCACCAACAGACGUCACCAACACACAUAACCCACAGACAUAACCAACAUACAUCACCAACACACAUCACCAACAUGCAUCACCAACACACAUAACCCACAGACAUAACCAACAUACAUCACCAACAGACGUCACCAACAGACGUCACCAACACACAUAACCCACAGACAUAACCAACAGACAUCACCAACACACAUCACCAACACGCUUCACCAACACACAUCACCAACACGCUUCACCAACAUGCAUCACCAACAUGCAUCACCAACACAUAUUACCAACAUACAUCACCAACAUACAUCACCAACAGGCAUCACCAACAGACAUAACCACCAGACAUUAUCAACACGCAUCACCAACAUGCAUCACCAACACACAUUACCAACAUACAUCACCAACAGACAUCACCAACACGCAUCACCAACAUGCAUCACCCACACACAUAACCAACAGACAUCACCAAAAUACAUCACCAACAGGCAUCACCAACAGACAUAACCACCAGACAUUACCAACACACAUCACCAACAUGCAUCACCAACACAUAUUACCAACAUACAUCACCAACAUACAUCACCAACAGGCAUCACCAACAGACAUAACCACCAGACAUUACCAACACGCAUCACCAACAGGCAUCACCAACACACAUUACCAACAUACAUCACCAACAUACAUCACCAACAGACAUCACCAACACGCAUCACCAACAUGCAUCACCAACACACAUAACCCACAGACAUAACCCACACACAUAACCAACAGACAUCACCAACAGACAUCACCAACACGCAUCACCAACACGCAUCACCAACACGCAUCACCAACACGCAUCACCAACACUCGUUGCCAACAGGCAUCUACUACACGCAUCACACUGCCUCCGACAUCCAACAACUGUGACUGAAUCACAACAUCCUUCAGAUAAAAGCUCACCACUGUAAAACUUGAAGAUGUUUUUUGGUUUUCUUGGUUUGAUUCUGAAGUGAAGGCUGUAUAAAGGUCACGCUAACUCGUUGGUCCUUUCCACCACCUGCUUGCUGUUCAUACGCCGUGUCAGUCGGUACAAACUGAACAUGUGAUGUAACUCAAAGUCUGAAGAAUAACCAUGACGCCAUGAGGCGAUUCCUACUGAACUGUCGUGUCCACUGCUGUAAAUGUACAUUUUACUGGGACCAGAUAUGGAAUUAUUAUUAUUCUGAGUUGUGCAAUUGUGGCUUUCCUCGCUUGUUUUUGUUUUACAUGAGAUAAUCUGUAAUUUCUCGGUAGAUUUUUGUGUGUUUUGGACGGAGAUUUUACACAACAACUGAGAGGACACGGUCGAUGUUAAAACAGUUUGUUGGAGUUUUGAGGACUGUAGAUCAUCUGCUUCAUCAACCUGGUCAGGUGUUUGUAAACUGUAAAUUGAUUCUUUCUGUACAUGAGACAAAAUAGAAAUAAAUUUGUUCCCACGGUCA